AUCUCAAGAGCAUUACUCCUCAAUUUCCCUUUCUUCCUUCUUUCUUUCCCAUUUUUAAUAAAAAGGAAGAGAGAGAAAGAAGCGAGAGAGAGAGAGAGAGAGAGAGAGAGAGAGAGAGGAAUGGAGAAAGUAACAGGAAAACCGAAAAUGAAAAGAAAGAGGGAAGAAGAAACACUACCACAGGUCCACAACUACUGCACAGCAGAAGAGCAGAGAAAGAAUGAAAGCUUGCUAUGGAGGAAACCAUGAAAUCUUAACUAAUAAGUUGUCUUAUCACUCUCUGGCUCUCUCUUUCUCUCUUUUGUACUCUUCGAUCCAUGAAAGGGAAUUGUUUGAAGAGUUAGGGUUUUUUCUUUAACUUGAUCUGGCUACUUUGUUCUGAUCUGUAAGACUUUAACUUCAUUCAACAAGAGACUGCAAAAUGCUGUAGAUUACAGUAUAUGAUUUUGUACUUUCCACGUUGGAAUGUACUGUUGAGUUUGUUCGUGCUUCAAAUGUAGUCGUAAUUGAAGAUCGUAAUCGUAUAGGACAAGAAAUUCUGAUUCUUCUGGAAGAUCUCUGCGGGUUUGGUAGCUGUAAGUUGCAGACUGCGACUGUUUCUUUGGAUAAAGUUCAAUUGUUGAGAUACUCGUAUUUCGGGUUAAUUAGAUACGACAAUGGUGUGAAGAGAAUGUAUGCGGCGUGCUUAUGGGUUUGGGUCUGUGGAGUGUUGAGGAUUUGAAUUUUGUUGUCCUUGUACUCACCCUGACCGAAAUUUAACGAUUAUGGCCUUCUCAAUCGGAUACUCUUGGGUUUAUUAUCGUCUCCGACGACACUGGAGAGAUCUCUGACGGUAGAAUUAUAUGGUUCUGUAAUUGCGGAGUUAGUAAGGGAUUUGAGGAUCUCUUACAUAUCUCUCUCUCAACGUGAGCAUUUUUCUGGUCGAGAUUGCUCUUCCAGUACGAUGCUUUUUUCGAUGCGCAGACUUUGGUUUCAUUUACACUGAUAUAUCUGGAAAUGGUUUUUGGCAAUAAAGGAGAGGGAACAUUUGUAUAGCUGAUUUCCGAUUGGUGAGCACUGAGCAUGCGGUGCACUAUGAAUUGUGUUUGAAACACUCGGAUUUGAUUUUGGGUGAGUGGUAGAUCAGGGUGAGAUAUCUGUAUUGGAAAUUUGUGUUUUGAAGAUGACUCCUCCAGCAUUAAAAUGCUCUCCUGGAAGGGAGCUCAGGUCAAAUAAUCACAAGCGUGGAUGCAGUCUUGAAAGUGGAUUACAACUCCAAGAGAAAGACGAUGAUCUUGCUUUGUUCAAUGAGAUGCAGACCAGAGAAAGAGACAAUUUUUUGCUUGACAUGACCGAUGAUAUUGAUGACUCAUUCUCAACAAACUUGAAAUACUUUUCAGAUAAUAAGCUUGGUAUCUCCAUUCCAGUUCGCGGAGAGAACAGUGAUCUGCUCAUUGCAGAUAGUGAAAAAAAUGAUUAUGAAUGGUUGUUGACUCCUCCAGACACUCCUCUAUUCCCUUCGUUGGAUGAUAAUACCCCAGCAAUUAGUCCCACCCCUAGGGGCCGAUCUCGUACUCAGCCCAUUUCCAUCUCAAGAUCAUCCACGAUGGAGAAGAGUUCCAGGACCAGUAGAAGUAGCGCAAGCCCACAUCGGUUAAGCCCAUCCCCUCGGUCUGGAAGCAACACAUUUCAAUCAAGAGGAAGGCCAUCUUCAGCUCCUCAUUCUAGUCCAUCUCCCAUCCAACGACCUGCUUCACCAUCACCGAGACCUAUCACACCCCCAAAUAAGCCAAUAACACCUGCUCGUCGAUCUCUUACUCCCACUACUCGGAGGACGAGCACAGGGUCAAGUGGUACUAUACCCUCAUCUAGAAGGGGAACCUCACCUGUAAAGACUAGUCGUGGCAACUCUGCUUCACCGAAAAUACAAGCAUGGCAAUCAACCAUCCCGGGCUUCUCUUCGGAUGCACCCCCUAAUCUUCGUACUUCUUUGGCUGAUCGGCCGGCAUCAUAUGUAAGGGGCUCAUCACCAGCAUCUAGGAAUGGGAAGGAUACACCCUCACAAUUCAGAAGGCAAUCAAUGUCACCAACUGCUUCUCGAAGUGGCAGUUCUUCCGUUGGUUGUGAUCGGGACCGAUUCAGCUCACAGAGUAAGGGUUCUGUAGCAUCAUCUGGUGAUGAUGAUAUGGAUUCUCUGCAAUCUCUACCACUGAGUGUCUUAGAUCAGUCAGCCGUAAGGAUGGCUGGGGCAUUUCCAAAUAGCAGAGCCCUAGCAUUCUCAAGGAAGCCAUCCAAAACACCAUCCUCAAGCUCUGCUCCAAAAAGGUCUUUUGAUUCGGUCCUUCGACAAAUGGAUUAUCGAAGGAGUCAUCAGAAUAUGUUCAGGCCACUUUUAUCAAGUGUUCCUAGUACUACUUUCUAUGUUGGGAAAAAUAGCUCUACACAUCGUUCAAUGGUCUCUGUGAACUCCUCAGUCACAACUAGCAGCAAUGCAAGCUCAGAACAAGGUACAAGUGUUGCACCUGAUGCUGGGGGGAGUGCUCAUGACCAGGAUGAUAUGGCUGGCAGCUGGGGAAAAACACCAUUUCCUGAAGAUCAAGAUGAAGUAUUCGCAUUUGAUAAAGUGGAUGAGAUGAAUCUAGUUAUGAAUGAUGCAGCCAAUGAUGGGAAGAACUCUGGGUAUUCUGACUUUGAUAUAGCCAAGACAACUGGAGUCAAAUCAGGUGAUUCUGAAAAAUUCAGUAGUCUUAUUUCUGCUACAGCAAUUGAGUCAACUACUUCUGAAUUUGUACACUUUGGGAAUGAUUCUGAAGUACUUGAUCGUGAUGGAAGAAUCACAUACUGUUCUAAUUGUGGUAGCAAGUUUUGUGUCGUUGAGCCUACAGAAGAGAAUUAUGGUCUUUGUCCUGAUUGCAGUGAGAAAAGUGGAUCUUUGACUCCAGCUGCUUGGGAACACACUGUAGAUCACAGUCACAACAAUAAAUUUAACUCAGAAGUAACUUUGCAAGCAAGUAAAUGCUUUGUUGCAGGAGAGCAUGAAGCAGAGGUGGCUUUAGUGCCAGAGAUCAAUAGUAGAAAUGAAACAAUGCUUGUCCAACAUGAUGAGAAUGUUGAGAAAGACCACAGUUGCAGCAUUGAGGAAGCCCAGAGUUGCGUGCAUUGCAGUUCCUUUGCACAACUGAUGGUAGACGGAGGGGAGCAGCAAUUUGUUCAGCCAACAUUUGGUUCCAUUCAUUCUGAAUAUGACAAUGUGGAUCAACAAUUUCAGCAUUCAAAUGGCCAUCCUAGCUUAAAGAUCGAUGUUUCAGAAGGUACUGGUAUUUCUGUAUUGCUGAAAAGAUCAAGUCGUAGCAAGUGGCCUAUUGUUCAAGCGAGGAGUCUUACUGCUACAAAUAUACCUUGUGAUGAUCCAUCCUAUGCAAGGGAUAGCAUGGACAGCAUGAGAAGCUCCGGUAGGCUUGGCAGUGCCUCAGCAUCAUCAUCUGUUGAUUGGACCUCUUCCAGACAAACAGAGAUUCGGGUUCUAAGACAAUUAAGUGGCAGGAAAAUUGACUUGGAUAAUUUCAGGCAUGAUUCAAGCACAAAACUUCAAAGAACUGGAUCCUCUUCCUCUGGAAUGUCAAAUCCUGCAUACCAGGCCUUGUUGCUUACCAAGAGCAUGAGCGAAGAGAAUUUUGAUGCUUCUAUUGGAAGUAUGAACCGUGAGACUCUAGUGAAAACACUACUAGUUAGUGAUGAGAAAAAUGCAUAUUUGGGAAACGAAAAAUUGGGUGACUCUGAUUCCUCUUUUUCCAAAGCUGCUGUCCUUGAAGCAGAUAAACUCGACUGCUCUCAGAGUUGCAGGGUGGUGGAUGCUUCAGGAUUGGAAUUAUCAAGCCAUACCCAAUGCAUACAAUUGGGGGAUGCUUCAGUAGCAGCAGUUCCAAACGAUGAGGACUGUGUUUCAUUAGAAAUUGCAGAAGACUUCCCAAAUAGUACAAGGAGUGCUUCAGAUAUAGAAAUAUCAGCUAUGGACCCAAACCCCUCUUCAAUCGAAGAAAAUGCCACUAUGAAUGGUGACUGUGCAAUUGAGAUUGUUGAGGGUUCUUCUUAUGACUCUUCAGCAAUGGUUCUAGAAAAUGGUGGGGAUAGGAUACCUGGUUCACAAGUUGAAAGUGCAACCACACCAAAUUCAAGUAGCGCCAUUGAUGAAUUCUCAAAACCAUCAGUUCCUGCAACAUUAGAAAAAGAUGCAAAAAUUCAUUCUCCAGAAUCUGACAUCUUGGAUCAUGCCUAUGUCAUCCCUGAGGAAUCAAACGUUACGGUGGAGGGCCAAGGUGGGCAAAAAGGAAGAAACCUGACAUUGGAAGAAGCAACUGACACAAUACUCUUCUGCGGCUCUAUCAUUCAUGAUCUGGCCUACCAGGCAGCAACCAUUGCGAUGGAAAAGGAGAGCACAGUUCACCUUGAAGGUUCCCAUCCAACAGUUACUUUCUUGGGUAAACCAAGUUCUGAGAGGAAGGAUCCACGCAGUAGGACCGGAAGUAAACGCACUCCGAAAACCCAAAAGGCCAGGCAGAGGCGGGUGGAAGCAGAUGCGAAGACUACAUCAACCAAGACCCAAAUUGAUGCCAAUACCAAUGAAUCAUUGGUACAUGAUUCUGGAGCUCCUCACAAGGUUGACAGCUUAAAGCCUCUGAAACUGGAGUCGAAGUGUAAUUGCACAGUGAUGUAACAUUUUAUGCAAAUUUUUUGAAGGGUGUCAAGGGGUUUGUAUUUUAGAGAUUUUUAUGUUUUGCAGGGAAAUUCAUAAGAGUGCCUGUCAGUUUCGGUAAGUUCCGAUUUAUUUGUAAAACACCACAUAGUGUUGGUGACAUAAUCUUGUAAAGUUAUUGAUUUUUGGGUGA